AUGGCAGCCAAGACCUGGCUUAUCGUUGGUGCAUCUCGCGGCAUUGGCCUCGAAUUCGUGCGGCAGAUACUGGCACGCGGUGACAGAGCCAUCGCCACUGUGCGCAGCUGUGGGAGCGCAUUGGAGGCGAUCGUUCAAGAUGCUCCCGACCGAGCAACGAUUUUAACGUGCGAUGUGUCCCACAAGGAAGGUAUCGAUAUAUUUAUCAACCAAUUCACCCAAACUGGCGAGCGGAAAAUUGACUAUGCCGUGGUGAAUGCUGGAAUACUGGAGUAUCCAAACCGGGCGCUUGAGAUGACCUUUGACGAAUGCGCCCACCACCUGCUCACCAACACAGUCGGGCCCAUCGUAUUGGCCCAGAAACUGCUGCAGAUAGCCGAUGUUGUGGUUGGAACCGUCGCAUUCAUGUCAAGUGACUCCGGCUCAACGCAGCGCUUCUUGUCCUUCAAAGACGGAUUUGCUGCAUACGGAGCGUCGAAAGCAGCUCUCAACCAGGCUCUGCGUCAUAUGGCUGAAGAGCUUAAGCGUAAGGGGCGGGAUAAUAUUAUUCUAGCGCUGCAUCCUGGAGAGGUUGCAACCCACAUGGGAAAGAUCGAGCUCUCGUGGGAUCUAGAUGCUGGCCAGAUCAGUGUCCAAGAGUCCGUUUCUGCCUUGAUUGGUGUGAUUCAGAGCAAGACUAUCGAGCAGACCGGCACAUUCUGGACUUGGGAAAAUGAAUACCCAUGGUAA